AACCCAUUCAAAGCGCGUUGAAGCGUUGAGGCGAAACCGCGGGGGAGAAACGCGGCGAGCAGCUCAUUGUGUCAAGUGGUGGUGGCGGACCAUCACACACUGCCCCAGCAGCCGCGUUCAGCCACACAGCAGCUGCUCUCUACCCAACCCACCACAGCGAAGUACCUCCUCCUCCUCCUCCUCCCUG